UGUCGUCUUAUCUUCUUUGAAAUAUGGCAUUUCACAGCUCACACUCAAACAUACUCUGCUUCUCUGCAUUUUUGCUUCUGUUUGGAGCAGCCUUUGCGCAAUUAUCUUCAGAUUACUACUCCUCAACGUGCCCAAAAGCCCUAUCUACUAUUAAAACUGCAGUGCAGAAUGCAGUUGCCAAGGAGCAUCGCAUGGGGGCCUCUUUGCUUCGUCUCCAUUUCCACGAUUGCUUUGUCAAUGGAUGUGAUGCAUCUGUGUUAUUAAAUGACACUUCCAGCCUCACUGGAGAGAAGACAGCUGCCCCAAACGUAGGUUCAUUGCGGGGGUUUGAUGUAAUUGACACCAUCAAGUCUCAAAUGGAGACUCUCUGCCCUGGAGUUGUUUCUUGUGCAGAUAUCCUAGCCGUUGCAGCUCGCGACUCUGUUGUUGUAUUGGGCGGCCCUUCAUGGUCAGCUCUGUUAGGCAGAAGAGACUCGACCACAGCAAGUUUUACAGCAGCAAAUAGCGACCUACCAUCUCCAACAAUGGACCUUAAGGACCUUUUAGCUAGCUUCUCGAACAAAGGAUUUACAGAAAAAGAAGCCGUAGCCCUCUCAGGAGGUCAUUCAAUAGGGCAAGCCAGGUGUGUGGUGUUUCGGGACCGAAUCUAUAACGAGACGAACAUAAAUACAACAUUUGCAACAUCAUUAAAAUCAAACUGUCCAAGCACUGGAGGUGAUGAAAACCUUGCUCCCCUUGAUGCGAGUACCAAUGUAAUCUUUGACAAUGGUUAUUUCAAGGACUUGGUGAAUAAAAAGGGCCUCCUCCAUUCCGACCAACAGCUCUUCAAUGGCGGCUCCACGGACUCUCAGGUCACCACCUACAGCACCAACUCUUCAGCUUUCGCUUCUGAUUUUGCCAGCGCCAUGCUCAAAAUGGGCAACCUUAGCCCUCUCACAGGAACCAGUGGCCAAAUUCGUACUGAUUGCAAGAAAAUUAAUUGAACCUUAAUUAUUAGAAUAUAUCUAUAUAUAUAUAUAUAUAUAGUAGUAUUUCAAUUCCUGUGUUUUGUGAAAGUAGAUUUAAG